UCUGAAAACCGGAUAAGACCUUUAUUCCCCACUCCAACUGAUCGCGACCAAACCCACACAGUGAGAAAAACGAAACCCUAAUCUCCAUUACCUUUUCCUACCCACUUAGCUCAACAAUCGAGCUCUUAUGGAAAUGGGUUCCAAACCCUAAUCUUGAAAAAAUGUGAAUUUGUCCUCCUCAUCUUCUUCUAAUCACUGACCUGUUGAUCUACAGCUUCCACCCACUGAGAAAGCCGUUUGAUUAUGGUUAAGUGGAUUUCUCAUCCAUCUUUUUUGGGGCUUCUUUUUGCUAUGGAUAUUGGGGUUAUGUUUGUAGAACUUGAGAUUGUGCUUGUUUAAUUGUCUUAGGAUCUGUGAGUUUGUUUGUAUUUGUUGGCUUGAUAUGUCGCUUGGUCUGUUGUAUAUGCCCUGGUUGGUUAGAAGGAUCUUUUUUUGAUUGUCUGGUCUGAUUAUUCCAUCAAAGGUUGCACCUUUGGAUCUGGAAGCUUCUGGAUAUUUUCAAUCAUUGGGUAUUAGCUUCUAUUUUUUGAGAAAUAUGUAAAUUAGCAUCCACUUGAAAGUGGGAUUGACAAGGUUGGAAGGUUUGCGGUGUUGUUGAUGUAUCGUGUAUGUAUUUUUUAUGUAUAGAUAGAUUGUUAAGAUGUCAUUUAAGAGUAUAAUUCAAGAUAUGAGGGGGGAACUUGGGAGUAUUUCUAGAAAAGGGUUUGAUGUGAAGUUUGGGUAUGGGUUUAGAUCAAGGUCGCACCGGGUGGUUCAGGAUAGUUCUGUUGUUAUCGAUGCUUUGAAGCAGAGUUGUUGGGCCAAUAUGCCUCCAGAGCUUUUGAGGGAUGUGUUGAUGAGGAUCGAGGCAUCGGAGCUUACUUGGCCCCCUCGGAAGAAUGUUGUGGCUUGCGCCGGUGUUUGUAGGAGUUGGAGGGAGAACAUGAAGGAAAUUGUGAAAACCCUGGAAGUUUCGGGCAAGUUGACAUUCCCAAUAUCAUUGAAGCAGCCUGGUCCUAGGGACUCUCUCAUUCAGUGUUUUAUAAAACGUGAUCGAAGCACUCAAGCAUACCUCCUCUACCUCAGUUUAAAUCAGACUUCCAGUGAGGAUGGGAAGCUCCUUCUGGCUGCACGGAAAUGCCGGCGUCCAACGUACACAGAUUACAUCAUCUCUCUUAAUCCUGAAGACGUGUCAAAGGGGAGCAGCACCUACAUUGGGAAGUUAAGAUCCAACUUUCUGGGGACAAAGUUCACCAUAUAUGAUUCACAGCCUCCAAACGCUGAAGCCAAAGUUACUAAAUCUCGUUCAACCAGGCGAAUUGGAAUGAGACGAGUGUCUCCCAAGUUCCCUGCAGGCAAUUAUACUGUAGCCCACAUUUCAUACGAAUUGAAUGUCUUGGGUUCGAGGGGGCCAAGGAGGAUGCACUGUGUCAUGGAUGCUAUCCCUGCUUCUGCUGUUAAACCAGGGGGAGUGGCCCCCACGCAAACCGAAUUCAUGCUUAGCAGUAUGGAUUCCUUUCCAUCCCUGCCGUUUUUCAGAUCCAAAUCAACCCGGAUGGAAAAUUUCCAAUCUGGACCUUUGUCCAGCCAGAAAGAUGGAGAUGGGAUGCUGGUGUUGAAAAACAAGUCCCCAAGAUGGCAUGAGCAACUCCAGUGCUGGUGUUUGAACUUCAAUGGACGCGUGACUGUAGCCUCUGUGAAGAAUUUUCAACUGGUUGCCUCCGUGGAGGAUGGAGCUGCCGGCCAACAAGAACAUGAGAAUGUCAUUCUCCAGUUCGGGAAGGUGGGAAAGGAUGUGUUUACCAUGGAUUAUCAGUAUCCAAUCUCAGCAUUCCAGGCAUUUGCCAUCUGCCUGAGCAGCUUCGACACCAAGAUUGCUUGCGAAUGACCUGCAAACAGGUUGUGGAAGUGGUUUUGGAAGGCAGAUGGGUGCUGUGUUAUGUGGGUACAGUGCAGCUAGAAGUGGCAUUUCUUUCCAUUAUUGUUGUGUGGUUAUUUUUCUUUGUUUCUUCUCUCUCUGUUUCUUUUUAUAAGUUUGUUCUCUGUUCUCUUCUUUUCCUUCUGGUUUUCCUCCAGUGUCCUUGUAAAUAAGAAUCGUUUGUAUCAGAGUGAGACAUGCCAGGCCAUAUUUACUCUAUUGUAGACAUGCGUUAACCCUGCCAUAGUUGCGAUAAUUUGAUGCUC